AUGAUUCUCGUCAAGUCCAAUGUGGUACGCAAACCCAAAAAGAAGGUGGCGCCCAAACCAUGGCACAAACGAUUCUUCUUUGCCUAUUCGCUUAUCAUUAUCCUUCUAAUUUUUGGAAUAGAUGCUUGGAUUAUGGCGCCGGGACCAGAUGAUCUUGAGAAGUAUGGUGUUGAGUUCACUGUGAUGCUCAUUAUCACCCUCUCAAUAAUUCUCGGUCUCAUCGGAGCCCAAAAACGGAUUCAUUUUCUUAUUUGGCCACUAACCCUGAUGCAAUGCGCUUCAAUUCUCCUCUUUUCCCUUAUUCUUUUACAAGCCACUUAUGAAUCCACCAAGGAAAAAUUUAAAUAUGCUCAUUUCGAAACGACGCAAUCUUUACUCUUAACGGCAACCAAAUUUGCCUUCAAAAUUAUGAUCAUCUGGUUUCCUGUUGGAAUUCUAUUUCAUUAUACGAGAAUCACGUGGAAAAUUAAGAAGGAUGUGAAGAAUAUAAAGCCAUUUAAAAUGACAUGGAAGAAAUUGGUGAAGACUCCGAUCAAAUCAAUAAUAGGGCCAUUCUCGAUUUCCGACGAUGAGCCGGAGGAUACUCUCUAUUUUAGAACCGCCAAUGAAACAUUCAGUUUUGCAAAAACGCCGAUUUUCAAUCGAAUUUUCAAACGCAUGACCCCACCGAAAAGUGUGCACAAAUUUCAAAUUAACCCGAAAUUCUCCAACAAUGGAGGCUUCAAACCCUACGCCUAA